CUCAUGUCUCACAGUCUCCACCCAUCCCGCUCUGUGUCUCAGGCGUGGAGCACUUCCGUCUUCCCCCUCCAGCCACCACGAACAUUCCACAGCGCGUCGGGACACCUGCCUGCCACGCGGAGCUUCUGGAGCCCCGCCAUCCGGGACACACAUCUGCAUCAACGGACAACGGGCGUGCGCUCGUUGCCCGCUAGGUGGGCAGGCUGCCGACAGUAUGCUUUGCAUUUCGAAUUUCUUUAUGUGCCUUUUCGCAGAGCUAGCCCUCCUGAUUAUGCCCGCGGCGCCUGAAAGCGCUCCUCAUCGUCGCAACAUUGGCGGUGCAGCUUCGAUGUGGCGGAAGUUGUGCCCAAUCCCUUUGUCUUGCUGGUCAAAGUGGCUCGCUGAAGAAUGUGUUGUUAUCUCUAUCGGCGCAUCAGGAAACCUAGACGAUACACCCGAAGUGAGCUACUCGUUGUCAAGAGCGAUGGUACCGGGUGCCGCUUCAUGCCAGUAUCAUGAAUGUUGUCCAGCCAUCCAGGCCUCCUCCGCAGGGCGGAUCACUCGCGCGAGGGCGGAGCAAGCGUUUGCGGCAUCGAAAUAAAUGUCUUGGCCGGCUCCAGUGUGUGCACAAACGAUCGUGAAAUAUACACGCUGGCCGCCGCCACCGUGUUUGUCACUAUUCGGGUUGAACCAUACCCUCAGAACCGUCACCAGACUAAUCAAGACGCCACGGCAGUAUGUGCGAUCCUGGCAUAGCUGGGAGAACAUCCAAAAAGUCAAGGCCAAAGUUCCUGGGCCUGACGAUGGCGGAGGAAGGAGGGCUCUGUGUCAAACUCCACACGCUCACAGCAGCCCGCUGCUGUCAACGGCGCCCAAUGUAUACUCUUUUCUCUGUCGUCGGAUUCUUUCUAUAAGUUGCCAAGAAUAAUUGGACGCAAUGGGUUUUUGGUCUGCAUGGUCGAGUAUUUCCUUCGGGCACUUGCCAUGAGACAGAGCUGAGCAUGGCACAGCGUGAGGAGCGAUCUUUGCCAGCAUCACCAGCGGCAUUUUGAGGGCCUGAAUAUGAUGAGGAAGCGCUAUUUCAAGCCGACUGUUGCAAAUCGGUGACAUUUCAAAAAGAGAUUCCAAUGCCCGGCAGUACAAAUCCGCCCCAAGUCCCUUCGCGCUUAUCGCUCGCAGCAGCAGCACAAACCACACUGAUUACGGCCAUACUUUCAAUGAAGUGGUUUUCUGCAUGAAGAGCCUGGUUCUCGCAACGACUCUAUCCAUCGACA